UCUCACACUAUCGCUCUACAUCUUCAAAGCCGCUUGAGAAAUGACUAAAUUGCCCUUCUUCCUCGCCGGAGAACUAUUAUUGAUCACACUUCUCUUCUCCGUACCCUUUUUGGUAACUUCGCAAUUCUCUACCACAGAAAGGGAUGCUCUGUUGGAGCUCAAACGAGGAUGGGGAGAUUCACCGGCUGUUCACUCCUGGACCGCUUCGUCGUCGCCGUGCAGCUGGCCGGAAAUCCGGUGCUCCGGCGACGGCUCCGUCACCGGAAUACUUCUCAACAAUUACAACCUCAGUGGAAACCUCACAGAUGCAAUCUCCGUGCUCGUGAACUUGACUGUUCUCGAUCUCGGAUUCAAUUUUUUCACGGGGAAUUUUCCGCCAGGCAUCUUAAACUGCUCGAGACUCCGAUUUCUGGAUCUAUCACAGAACUAUUUCGUCGGAGAUGUACCGGCGAGUAUCGAUAGGCUCAAAUCGCUUCAACACCUCGACCUAUCGGGAAACAAUUUCACAGGAGAUAUUCCUUCGACGAUAGGGAAUUUGACUCAACUGCGAACUCUGAACCUCCACAUGAAUUUGCUCAACGGCAGCUAUCCAGCAGAGAUUUCAAAUUUGAGGAACCUCGAAAACCUGAGGAUGGCGUACAAUGACUUCUCGAUGGCGUCCAUCCCGCCGGAGUUUGGUAAGUUGAAAAACCUAAAGUAUUUAUGGAUGACACAAGCUAAUGCGUUCGGUGGAAUACCUGAGAGCUUCUCCAAUUUGUCGAGUCUUAUGCAUUUGGAUUUAUCUAUGAAUAAUAUGGAAGGAGAAAUUCCUGGAGGAAUUUUCUCGCUGAAGAACUUGACUGCAAUUUACCUGUAUCAUAAUCGAUUUUCUGGUUCCAUUCCUCAUGUGAUAGAAUCAUUCAGUUUGAUUGAGCUUGAUCUUUCCAUGAACAACUUAACUGGUGGUAUUCCAGAAGAUUUUGCAAAGUUGAAACAAUUAGAGAUUCUGCAUCUGUACUCGAACAAUCUCUAUGGAGAAGUUCCACCAGGCAUAGGCCUACUCCAAAAUCUGAAGAACUUCAGGAUUUUCAGGAACAAUUUGAGUGGAACACUGCCUCCUGAAAUAGGUAUCCACUCCAAACUCGAAUCCUUUGAAGUGUGCAACAAUGAAUUCAUCGGCAACUUACCAGAUAAACUAUGUGCUGGAGGAACUCUUUUUGGUGUGGUUGCAUUCAACAACAGAUUAUCCGGACAGAUUCCGAAUUCCCUUGGAAACUGCAAGACAUUGCGCACGAUGCAGCUCUACAAUAACAACUUCUCCGGUGAGGUUCCUUUUGGUAUAUGGUCUGCUCCAAAUAUGUCUAGUUUGAUGCUUAGUGAUAACUCUUUUUCGGGUGAGCUCCCAAGCAAAGUUGCUUGGAAUUUGACUCGUUUGGAGAUCAGCAACAACAGGUUUUCUGGUGUGAUUCCUCCCAAUAUGUCGUCUUGGGCGAGUUUGAUCGUGUUUCUAGCGAGUAACAACGCAUUUUCAGGGACAAUUCCACAGGGAUUAACAAGCCUUCCUAAUCUGAUCACUUUGGUUCUUGAUGGAAAUUCCUUGUCUGGAGAACUUCCAUCACAGAUUAUAUCCUGGAAAUCUCUUAAUACCUUGAAUCUCUCCAGGAAUGAGUUAUGGGGUCGAAUUCCAUCCGCAUUCGGUUCUUUGCCGAACCUUCUGUAUCUCGACUUGUCACAGAAUCAAUUCGAUAGUGAAAUCCCUCCUCAGUUAGGACAGUUGAGGCUUGGCUCUCUUAACCUCUCUUCAAAUAAGUUAACAGGGCGAAUACCGUAUGAGUUAGACAACAUGGCUUAUGAAAACAGCUUCUUAAACAACCCGAAUCUUUGUUCAUCUAAUUCAGUUUCUGGUCUUCUCAGCUGCAGCUAUGACAAAUACAGGGGAGCCAAGAAAAUGUCGCCGAAGAUUCUUGCUGUGGUUUUAGUUCUAGCGCUGAUUCUUCUCCUGGUCGCCGUAUCCGUGGUUCUGUUUACAGUUCGAAACUGGAGAAGGAAGCGUAGUCUGACUACGUGGAAGCUAACCUCGUUCCAGAGGCUGGAUUUCACUGAGAUUAAUGUUCUGUCUAGUUUGGUUGAAAGCAAUGUGAUUGGCUUCGGUGCAUCCGGAAAAGUGUAUAAAGUCGCGGUGGAUCGAGGUCAGAAUGUCGCGGUUAAGAGGAUCUGGAGCGACAAGAACACCACGAAUCUGUUCCUCGAGAAAGCUUUUCUGGCCGAGAUUCAAACACUGGGAUCGAUUCGCCAUUCCAACAUUGUGAAGCUGCUGUGCUGCAUUUCCAGCGAUGAUUCAAAGCUUCUCGUUUAUGAGUACGUGGAAAAUGAGAGCCUUGAUCAAUGGCUGCAUGGGAAGAUAAGAAAAGGCGCCUUGGACUGGCCGACUAGGUUGAAGAUCGCUGUCGGAGCCGCGCAAGGCCUUUGCCACAUGCAUCACGACUGCAUCCAACCGAUCAUUCAUCGCGACGUAAAGUCCAGCAACAUUUUGCUGGACGACGACUUCAACGCCAAGAUCGCGGACUUCGGAUUGGCGAAGAUUUUGAUCAAGAACGGCGAGGCUAACACCAUGUCUACUAUCGCCGGAUCCUUCGGCUACAUCGCCCCAGAGUAUGCUUACACGACAAAAGUGAACGAGAAAGUCGACGUUUACAGCUUCGGGGUGGUGCUGUUAGAGCUAGUGACCGGAAGGGAAGCUAGCCGGGGAGACGAGCACACGAGCCUUGCAGAGUGGGCGUGGAAGAAACACUUGGGAGGCGAUGAUAACAACGAAAACGACGUCGAGGCGAUAGAUGAGGAGAUGAGAGGAGAAUGGUACUUGGAGGAAAUGAGAAUGGUUUUUAAACUGGGGCUAAUGUGUACCAGUUGGCUGCCCGGAAGCCGGCCAUCGAUGAAGGAAGUGUUGCAGGUACUUGAGGGAUUGGGCAACCAUGGGAGGAAAGGUAGUUGGGACAUGUCCAUGUCUCCAUUCCUUGGAGAGGAAGAGGGUAAGUAUAUUUGGAGCUAUCGAUGUGAUCCAAAGAAGCUUAGGGAUGCCAAUGUGAGCCUUCUCUAGUAGGGUAAUCAUUUAAGGCUGUGUUUUUGUAUGUGCAUUAGAAGGGUUUUAGAGUUUUGUUUAAUAUAUGACAAAAAGAGAAAUGUAUAUUUAUUAAAGUAAUGAUGAAUAAAGUGUGAAAUACAAAUUAAGAGAGUGUUUGUUUAGAGGAUUGUAUUUCAAAUCCACUACUCUUUCUCA